AUGCAGCCAGAGGCUACUUCUAGAGCGGGAGGCCUUAAUUCGGAGGGCCAUCAUCAACAGCUCAUUGGAGAGAGGGGUCCGCUGUUCAAGCAAAAUCUGUUACUUGUUUGUCCUGGGCUGCACAAUAAUGAUGGACAUGAGGAAGAAGCAGAGGAGCUGGUAAAUGAGAAACAAGAAGUCACAGAAGAGUACAAGGAGAAGAAAGAUGAAGAACAGAAGGCAGUAAUUUGUAUGCAGGAGGGGGAAGGUGAAGAGGAAGACAAAAGUGACAUGGACUAUGAGAAUGGUGAAUCUGAAACACUAGAGGAAGUAGAAUGCAGUGGGGAGGAGGAGGAGGAGGAGAAGAGGAGGCAUGGGGAAGAUGAAUGUGAGAAGCGAAUUGAGUUGCACAAGAAGGAAGAAAGUGAAGAGCAAGAUGAAAAAGGAACACAAAGCAGUGCCGUGGAAGAGGAAGCUGGAACAGAUUGCAGCUCAGUUCCAGCAGACAGAACUGCUGAGCAAGAGGAGGAAUCUAGCUGCAAAAAUCUGCCACGCUGA